AGUAGUCUGCGGACUGUCUGUGAGUUAACAUCAAAAAUAUUUCUCUCAAAAAUCCCUGAAUAUUUUGUUCAAAUAAAAAAUUUCCAGCAGGAUUGUUUCAUCUAUUCAAAUAAUUUCGAGCAUUAAAUCUCAUAGCACAGUUAUUGUGGUAAGCGAAAAUCUUCAGCGAAAAAUAAACGCGACAUUUAUUUUGAGAUACCGGACAUAGCAUUGAGAAGUGUGACACUUUCCUCCAGUAGGUAGGCUUUCUGACAACCAAAAAGUUUGGUUCGUAGGCUGGAAUUCUAACAGGAUUUGUGUUCAAAAAAGACAAACGAUUGGAAUGUGACAGGAAUAAACUCAACAUUGAAUAGAAAUGAUGAAAAUAUGGAUUGUGUUGACGUUUCUUCUCCUCCACGUCCUGUCUGAUUCCCUCGGUGCAGAUGACGACCUCAUGCCCGAAAUGCCAGAACUCUCAUGGUUAUCAUCCAUGCUGGAGGAUAUCUCGCUGAGAGACAAUAAAGUCAUCAAGAUGCCCUUAGGUCUGCACCCUCAGGCCUAUGGGUCAAUCACACCCAUCAAUCUACCCGAAAGGGUUGUCACUCAAACCAAACCUCCACAACACAAUAAUAACAACAACAUAAACAACAAUCACAACAACAAUAACAACCACAACCAUGUCAGCAAUAAUAAAGAGGUAUCAGAAACGGAUCUGUAUCUACUAGGUGCCAUAGAGAAGCUUGUGUACCGCGUUGAUCUGAUGGAGAAGAGGCUGCGCAGAACUGAGGAACUUAUCCAUCAUGUUAUGGACAACACAGUCAACACACAGAGAGAAGAUCCAUGUCCAGCCAACUUCACGAGAGUGCAGAAGAACUGCUAUCACUUCAGUGACCGACAAUUCAACUGGAAAUCUGCGUCUUCAAUGUGCAAAAGCCUGGGCUCCAAUCUGAUGGAGUUGGAGACUGCUGAGGAGUACACAGAUCUUGUCACCUACAUACAAUCCGAUCCGUAUUUCAGAGGCAGAGAAUACUGGACAGGCGGCCUAAACCCAGGUCUGCUGUGGAUCUGGUCAAACAGCGCCCAGCCCGUGCUGCCCAAAAACCCCAACCUGUCCCGACCUUCAGAUGUUGUCCACAGCUCGGGCAAUGGCCGCUGUCUCAAGCUGACCUACCACAACAUCGGCAAGCUCUACCAGUAUUACGGCGCCGACUGCUCGGCCAGGCUCCACUAUGUCUGCGAGCAUGAGGAGAAUACCACUAUCAGGGCACUCAAGAGGAUACACAAGUCACUCGAGCAGAGGAGGAGUCUUUAGUGAAAUUAGAAAAUGAUUACGAUUCUACCACAAGUAUUUUAAAGCUAACACUAAUGAGAUACUACACAAUAAGCUUCGGUUGACUUGUGUGGAUAUUUGAAUCCGUCCCUCCAAAAACAUAAACAUACCACUAAUGAAUGAAUGUUUAUUACAGUAUUUAUUCUCCAAAUUUUACCGUCUUUAACCUCAAAAUUGUUUCAGUUUCAGUUUAUAUUUAUCUCAAAUAUGUGUAACGCUAGUUCGCCUCCAAAUGGUGCACAUUGGUUAACGUUAAAUGGACCAUAGUGUGGUCCACGUUAUAAUGGCAGUGAAGAAAGAUAGGAAUACAACGUUGCCGAUCCUU